UCAAACGCGACGACGACACUGCUUUUUAUUAUUUAUUUGUGUUAUUAUUAUUUUCUGUGUUUUUUUUAAAUGAACAUAAUUUGUAUAUCGGCCUUGAAAUAAUGAUUUCUGACUUUCACUCGCAGGCUCAAUUUUUUAAAUAAAAAAUAACUGAAAUGACACUGAUAAGAGUGUGAGUAGGCGGGCUUUAUGAGGAGGAGAGCUGAACAGAGAGAGCUGCUGAGCGGUGGAGGAGAUUAAAACUGAUCCUGGAGUCUGUCUCAUCGGUCGCACCGCUGUUUUUGGAGCUUUUCGAGCAGAAAUGAUUACUUCAUUUGACCACCAAGAGUGAAGGACAUUUCGCACCAUCAGCUGCUGUCAAUUAUUGUUAAUUUCGUCGCGGCGGCGGUGAAAAUAAGUCCAUAAAAACACAGGACUGCAGAUGGGUCAGGGAUUGUGGAGGGUGGUGAGGAACCAGCAGCUGCAGCAGGAGUACAGCGAGCAGUGCUUCCUCCAGCGCGAGCGCCGACGCAGGAUGGGCCCACUACUGGCCGAGCCACAGCCGCGUCGGACGCCACAGUGCCAGGUCCCCGGCUCAGACAUCGGCCAGCUGCUGCGCGCCCGCAAGGGCAAAGAGCAGCAGGGCUUCAUCGACCUGGAGAUGCUGCCACCCGAGCUCAGCAUCACCAUCCUGUCAUACCUGAACGCCACUGACCUUUGCCUGGCCUCCUGCGUGUGGCAAGACCUUGGCAACGACGAGUAUCUGUGGCAGGGGCUGUGCAAGUCCACUUGGGGUCACUGUUCCAUAUACAACAGGAGGCUUCCUCCUGGUUUCUCCUACAGAAAGCUCUACAUGCAACUAGAUGAAGGAAGUUUGACGUUCAACGCUAACCCUCAGGAGGGUAUCACUUACCUCAUGUCCAAAGGCAUUCUUGUGGACCACCCGAAGGAAAUUGCCAAGUUCAUAUUCUACACCAGAAUGCUGAAUUGGAAGAUGCUACGGAUUUACCUUGAUGAACGACGUGAUGUGCUGGACGAGCUGGUCACACUACAUAACUUCAGUAACCAGUUCCUGCCCAAUGCGCUGAGAGAUUUCUUCAGACACAUUCACGCCCCAGAGGAGCGAGGGGAGUACCUGGAGACCCUCAUUACGAAGUUCUCCCACCGAUUCUGCGCCUGCAACCCUACGCUGGUCAGGGACGUGGGCCUGACUCCAGAUGCGGUGUACGUGCUGUGCUACUCACUCAUCCUGCUGUCCAUCGACCUCAGCAGUCCGCACGUGAAGAACAAGAUGUCCAAGCGAGAGUUCAUCCGCAACACCCGCAGGGCGGCGCAGAACAUCAGUGAGGAUUUUGUGGGUCACCUCUACGACAACAUCUAUCUGAUCGGCCACGUGGCCGCCUAACCCAACUGCACACGCGUACGGGCUGGCCUCGCUUGGGAAACGCAGCAGGCCAAUAAAACACUCAGCCACGGCACUGAUACGCAUUCUGCUCUAUGGCUAAAGCAGGGGGUCAGGGGAUGGCCAGUCAUCCUAACACUGUGUUUUAGAAGUGAUGAUUAGGACAUGCAGUGCAGCGUCUUACAGUAGCGGAGUUUUAGGGAAAGGCAGAUGACAACAACAAAAAAAAAAAAA